CGCUUUCUCUCUCUGGUACCAAAAUUAUCUUUGUUCGUCUGCGUCGAGAAUUUCUGGUUUCAAAAGAAGAUGUCGUUAGCCGCUUCCCAGAUCCUUCGGUUUUCUCCGGAUUUCGCCUAACUUUGGAUUUCCACGGGUUAAUGAAGAGAAACCAUUUAUUAGCAAGGAGCACAAGAAGCUCCAAAGAUCUCUUUACUUCAGUGCUUAAGAUACCAAUUAAAGGGUUCUAUCCUAGAAACGUGGUUAGAUACUUCAGGAAGUGAGAGCUUUGCAUUAAUUGGAAUUGCGUUGCUAUUGAUACUUGAUAAGAUGGACAGAUCUGAUACAUCUGGCUUUGUAAGUGGUGGAGGAUACUACUGGAAUUUCUACAAUUGAUUUUUGUUGUUAUAUAUGCACAAACUAGUAGCAUAGAUAGAGAUUCUUUUGCAAAUUGGUCGAACUUUCCACUGUGCUAUACUUCAAAGCAUCUAGAAAUGGAUUUGAACAAGAAUAUACAGUUUUCUUUUGCUUCUGAACUUGCAAAAAAUGACAAUUUUGGCGAUACUGCUCUGUGCUUAAACUUCCUCAGCUAUGGAAGCAGCAAUGCAGCCAGAAUUGGUAGUACUCAACCUAAUCUCUGCGCUGAUCAUCCAUGUGCUACUGAUGAUGGCUGCAGAUUGGUUCUUGGAUUGGGUCCCACUGCUGGCGUGUACUCUGAUCAUUAUUACAAGGUUAGGACCAACAAGGACAAAGGACCAGCUGCUGCAUUUACUGCAGGCUUGUCAUUUGAGGAUGUUUCUAUCCUAAAACUAGGCCUUUCUGGGGGAACAAUGGAAACUCUGAGUGGACAGGAUUGUUCACUGUCAACCGAGACUGAUGUUAGGAUGCCAAUUACAAAAAAAUUUUCUCCUGAAGACAACAGACUUGUUAUUCCUGUUGUUGAUGAAGGUUCUACUUCUGCAAAAAAAUCUGGUGGCUAUAUGCCGACGCUCCUUUUGGCUCCAAGAAUGGAAGGUGGCAGCACUUUGUUGCAGACAAGUGAACUUACUACUAUGACAUCGUUCGAGCAGCGUACCGGCAACUCGAAGAAAUGCAAGUUUGCUGGUUGUACAAAGGGAGCAAGAGGGGCAUCUGGGCUUUGCAUUGGUCAUGGGGGCGGACAGCGAUGCCAAAAGCCAGGGUGUAACAAGGGUGCUGAGAGCCGAACUGCUUAUUGUAAGGCUCAUGGUGGGGGGAGGAGGUGCCAGCACUUGGGUUGUACCAAAAGUGCUGAGGGGAAGACAGAUUUAUGCAUUGCACAUGGUGGUGGCAGGCGAUGUGGUUUUCCAGGGGGUUGCACUAAGGCAGCAAGAGGCAAAUCAGGGCUUUGCAUUAAACAUGGUGGAGGGAAGAGGUGUAAGGUGGAAGGUUGCACCCGCAGUGCUGAAGGACAGGCUGGAUUGUGCAUCUCUCAUGGUGGUGGAAAGCGUUGCCAGUUCGAGGGCUGUAGUAAGGGUGCUCAGGGAAGUACCCUAUUUUGCAAGGCUCAUGGGGGUGGAAAACGUUGUAUAUUUGCAGGGUGCACUAAAGGUGCAGAAGGAAGCACACCAUUGUGCAAAGCACAUGGUGGGGGAAAGCGUUGCCUUUACAAUGGUGGUGGGAUUUGUCCCAAGAGUGUACAUGGAGGUACAAAUUUCUGUGUUGCUCAUGGUGGUGGGAAAAGGUGUGUUGUGGCAGGUUGCACCAAGAGUGCGCGUGGUCGCACUGAUUGUUGUGUCAGGCACGGAGGUGGCAAGCGGUGCAAAUUUGAGAACUGUGGGAAGAGUGCUCAAGGAAGCACAGACUUCUGCAAGGCCCAUGGUGGAGGAAAAAGAUGCUCUUGGGCAGAGAGUAAAUGCGAGAAAUUUGCUAGGGGCAAGAGUGGUCUCUGUGCUGCUCACAGCAGUAUGGUACAGGAGCGUGAGGCCAAGAAUGGAGGCUUUAUCGCACCUGGAGUAUUCCAUGGGCUUGUACCAGCUUCAUCAACUACAGUAAGCAGCUUUGACAACAAUCACUCUUCCUCAGGUGCUAGUGUUAUCUCUGACUGCAUUGAUUCAAUGGAAAAGCCAGCAAGAAGGCAACAACUCAUACCACCACAGGUAUUGGUUCCUCAUCAUAUGAAAUCCUCGCCAUCAUAUUCAAGUUACGUCAGUGCAGAGAACGCAGAUGAAGGAAGAAGUGCCUAUGGCAUAGGCAUUGGUAGCACUGGCCCAAGCAAGAAUAUCGAGUUCCUGAUUCCUGAGGGGAGGGUUCAUGGUGGUGCUCUCAUGUCGCUGCUAGGUGGGAAUCUGAAGCAUCCAAUUGAUGGAAUUUGAAGGCCAAAUAGUUUAGACCUGUAGAAGUUACAAUUUGGGAUUUCAAGUAUUUUUGUCUAUGGAAUUGUCUAGAAGGUAUGGCGUCUGUUGAAUGACUCAUGUCUGUAUACUUUGUGCUGGAGGUUGAGAUUAACACUAGUCUUUCAAUAUUUAAUCUGUGGUCUGAUGUCUAAAAGAAACCUCAAAAGACUUUGCUUGUUCCUGUAAAUGUUUAAUAAUGGAAUCAUUGUUGAAAUUGUAUCUUCCAGGCCUGGGCAUAAUUUCGGGGUGUUAAAACCCACUGUGGUCCUGAACUU